CAACUUCCCUUCUUCAAAACCAAGCCAAAAGGCCGCAAAAACAGGUGCAGAUUCUUGUUUCCAUCUCAAGUCUUUUUCCUUCAAACAACUCUUCUCUGCCAAAAAUAAUAUAUAUAACCGCCUGUAAACCUUACAUGUCUAACCAAUAUGCUAAGCAAGGUUAGGUGACUGAUAACAACCCUUAAAAUAACCUUCCUUUUACUGUAUCUCUCCUUCAUGGGUUUUUGCAAUUGAACUCAAAAGUUCUUCUUGGGCCAUUGCCUGAUGAGGUACUAGCAAGCUUGUGAUUGAGGGACGUACCAGAAGUGGGGGGAGACUUUUUUUUUUUUUUUUUUUUGUGCAGCAUUGUGUUCUCUUCUGGUUUUUCUGUAUUAGUUUCCAGAGCCACAAUGCAGCUUCAUAUAUCGCCGAGUCUCAGGCAUGUAACGGUGUUACCAGCAAAAGGUUUUAAAGAGUUCAUCAAAGUGAAAGUUGGAUCAAGAAGAUUUUCAUAUAGGAUGGUCUUCUAUUCACUUUUGUUCUUCACAUUCCUCCUCCGUUUCAUCUUUGUGCUCACGGCUGUGGAUAAUAUCGACCGAGAUACCAAGUGUUCAUCAAUUGGUUGCUUGGGGAAAAGAUUAGGACCAAGGAUUCUUGGAAGAAGAACUGAAUCAACUGUCCCAGAAGUGAUAUAUCAAGUACUAGAGGAACCUGUAAACCAAGAUGAGCUACAAGCAGGGCCCCAGAUUCCUCAAACACUGGAAGAUUUCAUGGCUGAAAUAAGAGAUAGUAGACCAGAUGCAAAGGCAUUUGCGCUGAAGCUUAAGGCUAUGGUCACACUCCUUGAACAAAGGACAAGAAGUGCAAAAAUUCAAGAAUACCUCUACCGGCAUGUGGCAUCAAGUAGCAUACCAAAACAGCUGUACUGCCUCACACUCAGAUUAGCAAAUGAGCACUCUAGCAAUGCCAAUGCUCGGCUCCAGCUCCCAUCACCAGAGCUCAUCCCUGCCCUGGUUGAUAACUCAUUUUUCCACUUUGUUCUUGCCUCCGACAAUGUACUUGCUACCUCAGUUGUUGCAUCAUCACUUGUGUACAACUCAUUGCACCCUGAAAGGGUUGUCCUCCAUAUAAUCACAGAUAGAAAGACAUACUCUCCAAUGCAGGCAUGGUUCUCAUUGCAUCCUUUGACUCCAGCGGUCAUUGAAGUUAAAGGGUUGCAUCAUUUUGAUUGGUUGACAAAGGGGAGGGUCCCAGUGCUAGAAGCAAUGGAAAAGGAUCAAAAGGUGCGGUCACAAUUUAGGGGAGGGUCAUCAGCUAUUGUGGCAAAUAACACCGAAAAGCCUUAUGUCAUUGCUGCAAAGUUGCAAGCGCUCAGUCCCAAGUACAAUUCACCAAUGAAUCACAUAAGGAUACAUUUGCCAGAGUUGUUUCCCAGCCUCAACAAAGUGGUCUUCCUAGACGAUGACAUUGUGAUUCAAACUGAUCUUUCACCUCUAUGGGACAUUGACAUGAGGGGGAAAGUAAAUGGAGCAGUGGAAACAUGUAGAGGAAGGGAUAAGUUUGUCAUGUCAAAGCGAUUCAAAAGCUAUUUGAACUUUUCUCAUCCACUAAUAGCAAAAAGUUUUGAUCCGAAUGAAUGUGCAUGGGCCUAUGGCAUGAACAUCUUUGAUCUUGAAGCUUGGAGGAAGACAACCAUAAGUCAGACAUACCAUUAUUGGCUAGACGAGAACCUGAAAUCAGACUUGAGUUUGUGGCAACUAGGUACAUUACCUCCAGGACUUAUAGCAUUUCAUGGUCACAUCCACGUUAUUGAUCCCUUCUGGCACAUGCUAGGACUUGGAUACCAAGAAAAUACAACCAUUGAGACUGCUGAAAAUGCUGGUGUCAUCCAUUUCAAUGGCAGAGCGAAGCCUUGGCUAGACAUAGCAUUUCCUCAACUUCGGCCGCUAUGGACCAAAUAUAUUAACUUCUCUGACAAAUUUAUCAAAAGCUGUCAUAUUAGAGCAUCUUAGAUUGGAUUUGACUUUUCCGACCAAUUUGUAAAUGAGUGAUAAAAACAGGAUCACCAAUUCCCUAUGGCAAGGUGAUUACAUCUUGAGUUUCAACUCAAUGACUUCUUGUUCCUAAAAAUUUUGUUGUUCAAAGAAUAUUAUAUAUUUCUUUA